GCGCUUGACGCGUGUCUCGGCAUAGCGAACGAGAAUGCCAGCGGCGGCGGAGGUGGUGGCGGCGGCACCAACGAGAAGAAGACGAGCAAGUGGCGCUCGGGCGGCUCAAAAGUUGCCAAACACGCUGAAAUUGACCUCCACUUCGGCGGCGGAGUGAAAGUCCCAAGUUUGCGAGCGAAAGAGACUGCGAACAUUCGACACUUUAAGGCCGGGAAUGUUGCCUCGCGGCUGGGACUUUUGAGGCAAGCACAGCGGCGGAAAAGCGGCGAAGCGUUGGCUCUCGACGGCGCCAUGCGGCGCUGAGGUGGCGGCGGCGUGCUCGUGCGCUCUGAGGUCAGCACCAUGGGGAAGGAGCAGGACCUCCUGCAGGCGGUGAAGAGCGGCGAUCUGUCAUCCACGCACAAACUUCUGGCUAAGCUUAAGAGUGGCAGGAACAAACUUUUAGGAUCCACCAAGAGGCUGAACGUCAACUACCAGGACUCGGACGGUUUCUCGGCUCUCCACCACGCUGCGCUCACGGGAAGUGCGGAGCUGCUGGCUGCGCUGCUUGAGGCGCAGGCAGCAGUGGACGUCAAGGACAGCAACGGGAUGCGCCCUCUGCACUACGCGGCGUGGCAGGGCAAAUCAGAGUCAGUGCUGCUGCUUCUGCGCUCGGGCGCGUCUGUCAACGGCGUCUCGCUGGACGGACACAUUCCUCUGCACCUGGCCGCCCAGUAUGGACACUACCAAGUGUCGGAAAUGCUCCUUCAGCACCAGUCCAACCCCUGUCUCGUCAACAAGGCCAAGAAGACGCCCCUUGACCUCGCCUGCGAGUUCGGACGCGCCAAGGUGGCCCAGCUGCUUUUGAGCAGCAACAUGGUGGUGGCACUGUUGGAAGGCGAGCGCAAGGAGCCCAGCGACUCGGCAUUCACCACUCCGUUGCACCUGGCGGCCCGCAACGGCCAUAAGGAUGUCAUCGGGCUGUUGCUCAAGGCAGGCAUCGACAUCAACGCCACCACCAAGUCGGGCACCGCCCUUCACGAGGCCGCCCUCUACGGGAAGACCGAAGUCGUACGGCUGCUGCUGGAUGCCGGGGUGGACGUGAACAUCAGAAACACGUACAACCAGACUGCGCUGGACAUCGUAAACCAGUUCACAACCUCACACGCGAGCAGAGACAUCAAACAACUGCUCAGAGACGCCACAGGGGUGCUGCAGGUGCGAGCGCUAAAGGACUUCUGGAACCUUCACGAUCCCACCGCCCUCAACAUCCGAGCCGGAGACGUCAUCACGGUUCUGGAGCAGCACGCCGACGGCCGCUGGAAGGGUCACAUCCACGACAGCCAGCGUGGGACGGACCGCGUGGGCUUUUUCCCGCCCUCCAUCGUGGAAGUCAUCGGCCGACGUGGCGGCGGCCCCCACUCCCGGCUCGCCUCCCUGCCUGUUCCACGCCAGUCCAGAGGCCCCAACUCGGCCCCUCAUGGUGACGACUCCUACUCCCUUUGCGUCCCCCCUACCCUAGCUGCAGGAGACCGCAGCAGUGUGGGCAGCAGCGAGAGCGUGGGCAGCACGCGCAGCGCCGGCAGCGGCCAAAGCACGGAAAGCAACAACAACAACACCCUCAACAACAAUAACACGCUGGCCAACGCCCACAACGGUAUCGUGUACCGUGACGACAAGGCGGGGCCCCUCGCUGCUGAUUGUGGAGGCGUACACUUGAGCAAGCAGUUGCAUCACCCAGGUGCGGUCGCCUCCCGCAGGCCGACGGUGACGGUGCAGCAAGCGGCGGAGCAGACCUUCUCCCAGCAGCAGUUUUUCCGUCCUCAGCAGCUACUGGACGGCAAGGUUGAGGACUCUGAAGCCAUAUUGGAGUGGCUGAGUGACUUCCAGUUGGAGCAGUAUGCAGGGAAUUUUAUCAGCGCCGGUUACGACGUCCCCACUAUCAGCAGGAUGACACCUGAGGAUUUGACGGCCAUCGGAGUGACCAAACCGGGUCACCGCAAGAAAAUCUCCAUGGAGAUCAACAAGCUGAACAUACCCGAGUGGCUUCCGGAGUACAUCCCGUCGGAUCUUGGCGAGUGGCUCAGCGCUAUCGGCCUCCCGCAGUACUUGAAGAGACUGGCCGAAAACGGCUAUGACAGCAUCGGCAUCGUCAAAGACUUGACGUGGGAAGACUUGCAAGAGAUCGGCAUCACUAAGCUGGGCCACCAAAAGAAGUUGAUGUUGGCAGUGAAGAAGCUGUGCGACAUCCAUAGGGCCGUCCUUCAGGCCGAGUCGGGCCAGGGAACGUUGCGCCGCAAGGGUCCUGGAGCUCUACACGUGGUCUCCAUCGAGCCGCCGGAAGCUGGCGGGGAGUGCUCUUCCCCCCGCACUCCAAAGACAAUGAUGACCUUCCAGGACAGCGAGCUGAGCGCGGAGCUUCAGUCGGCGAUGUCCGGCCAUUAUGCCGACCGCGAGGACGGCCCGAUCGUCAGGAACAACCAGGAACCUCCUCUUGCUUCCGUCAUCCAGCACGGCUUGGAUGUCAGGGACAGGAACCUUCCCGAGGGCUGGGAUCAGAGGCCCGUCCACAAGCAGGUUCCUCUCGGAACAGCCACCGUCUUCAAGUAUCCCGCCGUCCCAGCCAAGCCCCAAACGUCCCGCCUUCACGGUUCCCCGGCGUCAAAGGGCUUCAGCUACCUGCGCGCUCAAAGCGGCUCGGCCGACCUCGACACACCCGCCGGGGUCCGGGAGCGCGAAGGGGUUCUGGCGCCGCCGAAAAAACGAGGCCACACUCUCAACCGCUACGCCCUGUCAGAUGGAGAACCUGACGAUGACGACGACGAGCCAGCGCUUCCCUCUGGAAACGUGCCUUCGUACGCCACCCUCAGCCGCAAACAUGGCCGCGCUCAGUCGGCUCGGGCGCAAUCCAGUCCGGAGAAGGGUGUCAACGUGGGUCGCAGUCACUCUUUUGCCGUGCGAGCGCGUAAAAAAGGACCCCCGCCGCCGCCUCCCAAAAGACUGAGCUCGGUGAGCAGCACCACCAGCGGCGAGCUAAGCGACAGCAGCACCGCGUCAUCGUCGGCAGGCUGCGGCAUAGUGACCGACAGUCCAGGAAGCGUCAGGAGCAUCGCCGCCUCCCUGGAAGGAAGCGCAGACAUUCAAAAUCCUCAGGAUCCCAAACGAGAAACCCUUCCGCAGGCGCCGAGCGCCCCCGAAUCCAUUGAACCCACGGGGGUUAGGAGAGGGGCGCACGGCCAGCGCGUCCCCACGCACGAGCCAGACACGGGCGGCAAGUCCGACACGGAGGAAUCAGACGCCAAAGGCUCGCGAUCCCCACACAACAGCUCCAGUGAAUGCAUCCCCUUCGCCGAGGAGGGAAACCUGACCAUCAAACAGAGACCCAAAGCCACCCCGGGACCUCCCAGGGUGGACGCCGCCGGUGCCAAAAGCCCCGAGGUCCCCGAGUUCAACCUGACUGAGUCGGACACGGUCAAGCGCCGACACAAACCUAAAGACAAAGACGAAGUUUCCCCCUGCCAAGACCAGACUGAAACUGAGGCCGCGUCCCAGGAGGGGACCCCGGAGGGAGUCUUUUCACGGACGGACACGGAGUCUAAUGUGAAACCUUCGCCAUCCCCGAAGCCUCCAGUCGUGGCCCCCAAACCCCUUCGACACAGCCUGCUGGCACCGCAGGCAGGUGGACCCACGUCUCCGACGGUGAAUGUCAGCGUGGUCCAAAGCUUGGCCUUUGGCACCACAUCGGCGCCGCGAUCGCCGUCUCGCGGGGGAUCUGUGGCCCCUCUCUCGCCGUCGACCGCCAGAAUUCAGGGCUCAGGGGGUCCGGCCGGGACCGAGGUGGUCCAGCAGAGAUUGGACGAGACCAGUACGUCUCUGGAGGCCGCUCUCAAGGCCGUAGAGAGGAAGCUGAUCCUGGACCGGCACCACGGCGACGGAGCCGACACGGUCAAGUCAGCGGGAAACAUCCUGGACGACAUCGGCAACAUGUUUGACGACCUGGCCGAUCAGCUAGACGCCAUGUUGGACUGAAGGCGGACAACCUCCAAAAUAAAAGCUCAGGAAGUGACAACCAGCAGCACUUAAUCAACAGGCUUUUAUCGUCAAGUGCUGAAAUAAGUAGCAAUUAGACGGCAACUUUUUCAUUCCGUACCGAAAGUGUGAUGUCACUUCCUGGUCCCGAAAGUUUAUUAUUUAUUGGCGUCGUUAAUGCGCUCCGUUCAGAUGUUGUCUGUUCCCACGUGAAGUUAUUUGAAGAAAAAACACUGGAGAAACAAAAUGAGAUUUUAUUUUGCAAGACAAAAACACUUCUUCUUGUCCAAACAUUUCAAACUUAACGCUAAUGGUUAUUAGCAUGCUCGUCCCUGACGCUGCGUUCAUUAGCAUGGCUAAUUAGGUUAGCAUGUUUGCGUAUUUGCUUUCAGAGUUAGCUGGUUUUUCUGGUUGACACUUUAUGAUGUGUGCCACCUACAGGGAAAUCUCAUUUGAAAAAAGUGACCACACGCCUCGGAAAGGGAAGUAUUUAAGCUUUAUUUUACAAAUAUAUAUUCAACCAAAGUUCUUUGUACAGUUUAUUAACAUGUUUGGAAUAUUUUGACAUGAAUCCUGCACGCCGCCGCGCGACCGUCACGUGACCUCGGCCGUCCCGCCCGUGCACGUUUGUCCUUUUGAUACGUUGUGAAUUAAAAGAGUUAUCUAAUUAUGACGACUGAGUUGUGUGUUGUGCUUAAGGUUGCUGCAUUUUGCAAUGAAGUGGAUUGACUGCAAUUGUCAAGGUUUUUUGUUUUUCGGGAAGAAAACUUGU